AUGAGCGCUUCUUUGUAUAAUGAAGACGCGGAAAUCCGCGUAGGAGUUGUCGUACGGCCGCUCCGUGGACAUUGGAGACCAGCCAGUGGUCAGCGAUCUCAGAAGACCAGAGAUGUGUCACUGCUGGAUCCUGCGGUAUGGAAGACUGCCGCUCGUGACUAUGACAACGAAGCCAAAAUGCAAUUCACUUCUAAAAUGGUAUACAGCAAUCAAAAACAAAAGGAAGCAGACAGAUAUUUGGAGCUAGGCGAUCAUUCGAAACAACCGGCUUUUUCUUCGGUAGCAGAUCACCUUUCUGGGCCGCUGGUCACUCGUUGCCCCAGUACAUGCGAAUGCGGCGCUUCGUCAGCGGCGAUCUCACUUAACAGCCCUCCUCCCGAGUCCAAUCGCAUUAAAUUACCACCAGAUCUUGUUGCUGAAGAAGAAAAAGAAGCCAUGGCGAUAAGGAGAACUAAGCCGUCUGAAGGCACCUCGACCAGACCUGAGGCAUGGACUGCAUCGUCUAAAACCACUCCUAAAUCCAUUAGUAAAGAAGAAGAACGCAUUACAAGUUCAAAGAAAGGAAGCGCAUCAAGCUCUGUCGCAUCAUCUGUCAAGAAAGAGCCUGCAAAGAAGAGUGACUCCUCAGAAGAGAUUACGGUGACGACGAGGCCGCUUCCUAAGCCACAAAAAAUUCCUCUGCGCAGUUCUGAGAAAGGUUCGAAUAGAUCCGAUCGAAGUCGGCCUACUUCCAUGGAACAAUUCUUGGGAGUAAAAGAAGACCAAAAAGCUAGGAACUCGGACAGAGGCACAAGUCAAAAAGAUUCUCUCCGAAUGCGAGUGACGUUCGACCCUCAUGAUUCCACGAAAAACCGGAACAGAAGUGCUGUGUCUUCCGGAAGAGGGUCACGUGCAACGUCACCGGGUCGCAAGAAUGCUUCUGGUACUGGAACUCCCGAAAAUCGCGUCACAGAACUAUCCCGGCAGGACAAGCCUAGACCUAUACGAGCGAAUCUUAUGACGACAUCAAGAUCUCGUCUGAAAACGGUCACCUACAAGGAAGAGCCUUUCAUGUCGGAGUUCAAAAGUUGGGUGCUGCUCAUCAUCUUUUUAUCGAUGAUAUGGCUGUACAGAUCAACACUUUUCGCAUAA